CGUCCCGUCCCGCCCGCGGCCAUGAGCGCGGCCGGGCUCGUGUCCGCGCCGCCCGCAGCCCCGCCGGGGCCGCCCGCCCCCGCCAUGGCCCCCGCGCCCGACUACUACGAGGAGGAGGAGCUGGAGAGCGCCGAGGAGGAGGACGGCGAGCGGAGCGCCCGGGCCCGCGACUCCGACGAGGACACUGAGGAUGCCAGUGAAACAGACCUGGCAAAGCAUGAGGAGGAGGACUUUGUAGAAAUGAAAGAACAGAUGUAUCAGGACAAACUGGCAUCUUUGAAGAGGCAGUUACAGCAAUUGCAGGAAGGUACUCUUCAGGAAUAUCAGAAAAGGAUGAAAAAGUUGGACCAGCAGUACAAAGAAAGGAUACGAAAUGCAGAACUGUUCCUGCAGCUGGAAACAGAUCAGGUGGAAAAAAAUUACGUGAAGGAAAAGAAAGCAGCAGCAAAGGAGUUUGAAGAUAAGAAAAUUGAGCUUAAGGAAAACCUGAUAGCGGAGUUGGAAGAGAAGAAAAAGAUGAUUGAGAAUGAAAAGCUAACUAUGGAAUUAACAGGAGAUUCAAUGGAAGUGAAGCCUAUUAUGACGAGGAAACUGAGACGGCGACCAAAUGAUCCGGUUCCUAUCCCAGACAAGAGGAGGAAACCUGCCCCUGCUCAGCUAAAUUAUUUGUUGACUGAUGAGCAAAUAAUGGAGGACCUAAGAACGCUGAAUAAGCUUAAAUCACCCAAGAGACCAGCCUCCCCCUCCUCUCCCGAGCACCUCCCAGCUACACCAGCAGAGUCUCCAGCACAGCGAUUUGAAGCUCGGAUAGAAGAUGGCAAACUCUACUAUGACAAGAGAUGGUACCACAAGAGCCAAGCUAUUUACCUGGAGUCUAAGGAGAACACGAAGAUUAGCUGUGUGAUCAGUUCUGUGGGUGCCAACGAGAUCUGGGUGAGGAAAACCAGCGACAGCACCAAGAUGAGGAUCUACCUGGGGCAGCUGCAGCGGGGAGUGUUCGUGAUCCGCCGGCGCUCGGCCACCUGACUCUGCUCUGCCCUGUCCUGGUUUCUGUCAGAUCACCAAACCUCUGCCAGGGGCUCUCAGGCUGCUCACUCCUCCCAGCAGCAGGGAACAGUCCUGACCUCUGACGAGACACUUUGUGGCUGGCCACAUAAUCCCCAGUAGUCCUUAAACCUUUAGUGAUGCCCAAGCACUGCCCUGGACUAUUUCUGGAUUUUGCAUCAAGCUUCUGUACGCUCUCUUUGUAUUUUGGGUGACUGUUUGAGAACUUGGCAUCAUCCUCCUUUUUGUUGUUGUUUCGUGGUGCACAGAUGGGACUUGUGUGUCAAAAACAUCAUCAUCAUGUUUCUGUUGGGAGUCAGACCAGUGGAAGAAGCUUUGCUUGUCAAGACCCGAGGUUAUUUGUGCUUUUUGGCCUUGUUUUCCUGCAAGGCUCAGGAUUUUGGGCAAAAUAUGAAUCCUGCCAGGUUUCAGCUGCAGCUGAGAGAUGCCUCCAGAAUACCUGGUGCACAACAUCAGCUUUAUUGGAUGGACUGUUGAAAGACUGGAGACUUUUUUAGGAUGGUGUGAACAGCUCAGAAACUGCUGAAAAUACAGUGAUUUUAAUGUAGCUCAGAGUCACGCGUGGUUAGUCAGAAGCUUCCAUUUCUCUUCACAUUAAAGAACCCUUCAAUGAACAAGCAAAGCAUGUCUGUUUGCUGAUAAAAUUAGCUGGGAUAGGUGGAUGACUAAAUUAAAGGAAUAAUUACCUGGAUUUUGCAGAUA